UCAAUCCGACAUCAUUCAGCUUAGCUUUGUGAACCAACCAACCACGAAAAUGUUCAAACUGUUUUUCUUCGCCUGCCUGCUGGCCUUCGCCGCCGCUAAACCCGGAGUGCUCGCCCCGGUGGCAUACACAGCGGCAUACACCGCCCCCGUCGCCGCCGCAUACACCGCCCCCGUGGCUUACUCCGCAUACACCGCCCCCUAUGCCGCGUACUCCGCUUACACUUACGCCUCACCUUAUGCCGCUUACUACUACCGCUGUUUACCUGUAAGUCGUCCAGUACUAAGUGGCGCGUUGACCUCCGCUGGUGCAACUACUGCUGAUAGUACUCAGGACACGCGCGGUCUGACCUCUGAUGCAAUACACUGCGGACGCAGAAUUACGAUCCUCGCUGCUCUCUGCGCCAUCGCGGUCGCAAAACCCGGCAUCCACUCAGUGGCAUACCCCGCGGUUGCUGCUUAUACCGCCCCCUAUGCUGCAUACACCGCCCCCGUUGCCGCCGCAUACACCGCCCCCGUUGCUGCCGCAUACACCGCUCCCGUUGCCGCCGCUUACACUGCCCCCGUAGCCGCAGCUUACACCGCUCCUGUCGUCGCCCCCUAUUCUGCUACAGCAUAUACCGCCGCUUACACUGGCCCAGUAGCCGCUGCGUACACGGCUCCCGUUGCUUUCCUCAAAAACUUAAUGCGGUGCAUUGUAAUAAGUGGCCUGGACGAGAAUGAAGUACUUAUGUUGAUCUUCGCCGCUCUCCUGGCUUUCGCCGCCGCCAAGCCCUUGGUGGUGAGCUACGCAGCGCCAGUGGCGGCCGCUUAUACCGCCCCCGUUGCCGCCGCUUACACCGCCCCCGUCGCAUACUCCGCAUACAGUGCAUACUCGCCCUACGCCUAUUCCGCAUACACAUACGCUUCACCCUACUCGUACUACAUUUAAGAACCAAAGACCACGGCGAUUGUAAGUUUAUGUAUAAGACGAAUUUAGAGAAAGUGAUGUAAUUUAUGUGUUAAAUUAUCGUGAUCAUAAUUAUGCCAAAAUAAAGUUGAUAAUUACAUUGA